UUUUUCGUUUUCAGAGAUAGAAUUUUCGCGUUGUAAUUUGUAGCUGUAGCUUUUACCACGUAAUUACUUUUACAAUCAAACUUAAGUCUCGUGGAUGUAAUAGAAAUUUAAAAAAUCUGAUACGAAUUCCAGCGAAACUUCUGUAUUUUAUGACAUUUUGUUACCGUCCUCAUUACUUCGCCCGUGCAAAUGGAUGAUUCUGUGGUUUCUCCAGGAAGUAAGAUGGCUGAUUCGGCGUCGGAAAGCGACUCGAGCUCCCUGGAUGGCGGAGCGAUGUUGCCACCGAGCACGGUCUCCCGUGAUCAACUCCAGAAAAGAAUUGAAUCUCUACAACAGCAGAAUCGUGUGUUGAAAGUGGAGUUAGAUACUUAUAAACUGCGAGUGAAAGCCUUACAGGAGGAAAACCGGGCUUUGAGGCAGGCUUCAGUCUCCAUUCAAGCCAAAGCAGAGCAAGAAGAGGAGUAUAUUUCCAACACACUUCUUAAAAAAAUACAAGCCUUAAAGAAAGAAAAGGAGACAUUAGCACAUCACUAUGAGAGGGAAGAAGAAUGUCUUACCAAUGAUCUUUCAAGGAAAUUAAACCAAUUGCGUCAAGAGAAGUGCCGUCUGGAGCAGACCCUGGAGCAAGAGCAGGAAUGCUUGGUCAACAAGCUGAUGAGGAAGAUUGAGAAACUCGAGGCUGAAACUCUUGCUAAACAAACGAACUUAGAAAGACUGCGCAGAGAAAAGGUGGAGCUGGAAAACACCUUAGAGCAAGAACAAGAGGCUCUAGUGAACCGACUUUGGAAGAGGAUGGAUAAGCUGGAGGCUGAGAAGCGUUCACUGCAAAUAAGGCUUGACCAGCCUAUUUCCGAUCCAGCUAGCCCUAGGGACAUCAGUAAUGGUGAUACGGCAUCUAAUCUAAGCAAUCACAUUCAAACUUUACGCUCAGAGGUUGUAAAACUAAGAAACCAAUUGGCAUUGUCUCAAAAUGAAAAUAAAGAGAAGAUGCAACGUUUUGCCUUGGAGGAAAAACAUAUUCGUGAAGAGAAUCUGCGUUUACAACGAAAACUACAGCAAGAGGUGGAGCGUCGUGAAGCAUUAUGUCGACAUCUCUCCGAGAGCGAGUCUUCGUUGGAAAUGGAGGAAGAGAGGCAGUUCAAUGAAGCUUUAAGUGCGCGAUCGCGCAGCGUGUCGUCCCCGGGCGGGUCGCGGCCGCUGUCUCCGUAUGGCCCACCGCUGCUGCCCGGCACCGGCAUGCCCAUGUCGCGCCCAGCACUGCAUUUUAACUCACAGCCGCGACGACCAAAUGAGCGGUUCGUGAAACCCGCUGUGCCUGGCGGCGCAGGCCUUGCGGCACGAUCGGCGCCGCUGGAGCCGCCACUGCCACCACUGCUCUCUGCACUCACCCCAGCUGCGAACCCAGCGCCCCCUGUGGCCCCACCUCUGCUGCAGCCCAUAGUGCAGCCCGCCAGUCCCAUGGACACCUCUUCCAAGGAUUAAACCGCCUCUUCCAUCGCUCGGUGCGUCUUCGGCAAGUGUCCUCCGAUGUCGAUUCCUCUCGUGGCCUUUUCCGAUCGUAGUCUUUGCAUUUUAUCCGACGUAUUCUAUUUAGGGGACAGCCGCCAAAGUCGCGCCAUUCGACGCGAACGCUUGUAGGACGCGUCGUAGGAGCACCACGAUCUGAUUGUUGGCGUAGCUUGCCGGAAACUUGAGCCAAGGUGUGUCGUGAGUUGUAUUGUUGGUCAAAAUUAAAUGUUUGAAGAAAGAUUGAUAGUGAAAGCGCGAAAAGACUGCUAACCGCCGCUACGUUUACGCAAUAAGUAACGGAUCAUUUAAAUUUAAAAUCAAGUGUCAUAUGAUGUCGGUAUAUUACAUACAUAAUUAGUCCUUAUUAAACAUAUUUUUACGUUUUUGUGCAGCUUUUAACAGGCUAGGGUAUUCAAAUGCAGAUAUAUUUAAUUGUUAAUGUAUCACACAUCAUUAACAUCUUGCGGUAAUGUUAAUACCAUGUAAAAUAUCAUUAGUAACAUAGUGAUAGGUACUAACACAUGAUGAGAGCCUAAUUACCGAGCAGCGCGUGCUCUUAAGUCGUAGUCCUCGACCCAUAGGUAUCGUGCACUGCUCACUGCCCUUCCAACUACACGCUUCCUACAAUACAGCCUCUCAGUUGACGUUUGAAUGAUUGCGUUUGGUUUACUGAUUAAAUUAGUAGUAUGGAGGUUGAUAAAUAAGAUUUUUCAAUCUUGAAACGUUGAUUUAGAUAUCGGAAGGAGUGUACGAACGUCGAUCCGAAUUAUCGAUAUUCCUUUCAUUUUUUUAAAAGUUACGAUUUCCUUUAUCGUGGUUUAGAUAGUUUUCGUUAUUGUAAAUCGCUUUGACAUCAGGGCUUUGUUCUGUGGCAGUGGGUUUAUUAUUAGGCUGUGUAAAAUUCACCUGUAAAUAAGGGUGGUUAGGCGAUUGAGGUAUAGUAUGUAAUGUAUUUGAUUAUAUCACAUUCGGGGCCUAGCGCGCUACUCCCACGUGAUGUUUGUAGUUUUUAUGGGAGUGUAUGACGUGUUAAGGAUGUUAUUUUGUGCUCUAAGGGCGUUGUUGUGUUCCAUAGACCUUCGGGAGUAGCGGCGAACAUCCGAUUCAAUUCAAUUAUGCAAAUUUUCACUUAAACAUUU